AUGGCGCAGCAAUCCCAUGAUCAUCAUCGUCGUACUCAAGUUUGCCAGUAUUUCCAAGGAUCUACGUCUACAACCUUUUUCGCAGUCUCGAUUCGUGGAACAGGGCUGUUCCACGCACGCACAUUACGGCUGGCCUCAGGCAAGGAGACUCCGGCUUCCACCGCCGCCUCCGGCCGUAUCACGACGCCGGAAAAUGCUGUGAUCCCGCGGCCCUCCCACUCGCGGGUGGCGACGCGCACUGGCUCGCGCUCUGGUUCCCGUGCCGGCUCACCAGUGGCCCGGUGCGGCAAGUCAUCGGUCGAGCCGCAAGCCUGGCGUCCGGUAUUCGGGUCGCGCGGUUCCCCAACGCAGCGCGCGGUCGACGCUGCGUCGGCGGAGGAGCUUGCUUACUCACGUGGUCUCGAAAGUGGACGAGCACCACCUUUGCAGGGACACCGGAACAGCCAAUCAAGAAAUGUUCCUGGUUCUCUCAGUGCAGUUGCCAGUGGUACUUCAUCUGGAGGAUCAGAUGUGCUUGUGCCCAGAUCUUCAGAGGCCUGUGCAUCACGGUCCAAUGGUCCCGUUACACCGUCGCGAUCUCGUGCUUCCAGUCGCCGAACUUCUUCAAAGGUGGCAAUUGUAGCGGUCAGCCCGUCGGAGACGUCACCAACUCACCUGCGCAAGUGCUCGUCGCAGCGUUCAGUGCAGAGCCAGAAGAGCCGCAGCUCUCUGACAGAUCACCUGGUGUGCCGGUACUGCUUCAGGGACGACCACCCCGAAGAGAUGGUGGCACCAUGUCGCUGCAUAAAAAGGAGCACGGUACGUUGGACUCAUGUACGCUGCCUCGAGGAGUACAUGAACCGUGUUCACAGCAACAAGUGCAACCUCUGCAAGAAGCGCAUGGCUGCUAUCAUUCGGCAAAAGCCGAUCUGGGCGUGGUUCCGGCACAAGGGCACCCGGCGGCACCAACUGGAGCUCGCGUUGGCCGUGGUGUUGUCGGUCACCAUGCUGCCUGUGCUGUACAUGGCUUGGGCGUACGCCUUCUUUCACGUAGCUCCACACGUGAACUGGGCCGUCGCCUUGCUUCUCACCCCUUACCUAAUCUUCCAGACAUCGACCUGGUUGGGAUUCGCAGCCUACAGCUUCUGGAUUUACUACGAUGGAAUGAAAUCCUGGUUGGACACCCACGCCGUCUACAAAUUCAAUCACGAGAAUUGUGUACUUCGAGGCAGAGAAGCCUCCUGCUCCCAUUAACGAAAAUGUCAGGGAUUCAUCGUGGGGCUUCUUAUAAGUACAUCAAGAAUCUCAACAUCUUACGUGCGUGAACAUCAACGGGUUCAUUCAUAAUGGAAGAGUUGCAUCACCUAAUGCAAUUUCAUGCUGCUAGUUCUCUUUUUGUAAUAUUAUUUCCUAACACGUUGUGUUCAAUAAAUCGUGAUCAUUCUCAUUCUCAA